AAGUGGGCGGGGCCGGCCCAAAGCAGCUCGCGGGACGCUGGGCCCUGGGCGCCGAUCCGCGGGAUGGCAGCUCAGACACCUUCGUUGGACCACAUUUCUGCCUGAAGGCCCCUACCUCCGGCUCCCCAAGUGUAUUUAAGAGUGAAGACUGACUGGAGACCAUCUCACUCCACACCUAGCUCUAAGCACCUACCCGGGAUGCUCUGGGCAUGGCCUCUGGAGCCCCACAGAACAACAGCCAGAUGGCCUGUGGUGCAGAGAUCCUGGGCUUCCUGGACGCACUCCUCCAAGAUUUCCCAGCCCCACUGAGCCCAGAGAGCCCUUUGCCAUGGAAGGCCCCAGGGACAACACUCAGCCAGGAGGAGGUGGAGGCCGAGCUGGCUGAGCUGGCCAUGGGCUUCCUGGGCAGCAGGAAUGCUCCACCAUCACUUGCUGCAGCUCUGACCCAUGAGGCAAUUUCCCAUCUGCUAAAGACAGACCUUUCCGAAUUUAAGAAAGUGCCCAGCCAGGAGGAAGAAGAUGAGGAGGAGGAAGAAGAGAAGGUUCCGAUGACCUUGCUAGAUGCCAAAGGCCUGGCACGGAGUUUCUUUAACCAGCUCUGGGAAGUAUGUGGCCAGUGGCAGAAGCAAGUGCCGUUGACUGCCUGGACCCCACAGCGGCAGUGGCUGGUCUCCAUCCAUGCCAUCCGGAACACUCGCCGCAAGAUGGAGGACCGGCAUGUGUUCCUUCCCACAUUCAACCAGCUCUUCGGUUUCUCUGACCCCGUAGACCGCGCCUACUUCGCUGUGUUUGAUGGUCAUGGAGGUGUGGAUGCCGCAAGGUAUGCUGCUGUUCAUGUGCAUGCUAAUGCUGCCCACCAGCCAGAGCUGCCCACAGACCCUGCAGGAGCCCUCAAAGAAGCUUUCCGGCGCACAGAUGAAAUGUUUCUCUGGAAAGCCAAGCGAGAGCGGCUACAGAGUGGCACCACAGGCGUGUGUGCACUUAUCACAGGAACGACUUUGCACGUCGCAUGGCUCGGGGACUCCCAGGUCAUCCUGGUGCAACAGGGACAAGUAGUGAAGCUGAUGGAACCACACAAACCUGAGCGACAGGAUGAGAAGGCACGCAUUGAAGCACUGGGCGGCUUCGUGUCUUUCAUGGACUGCUGGAGAGUCAAUGGGACCCUGGCCGUCUCUAGAGCCAUAGGAGAUAUCUUCCAGAAGCCCUAUGUGUCUGGAGAGGCAGAUGCAGCCUCCUGGGAGCUGACAGGCUCUGAGGACUACCUGCUGCUUGCCUGUGAUGGCUUCUUUGAUGUCGUCUCCCACCAGGAAGUCACCAGCCUUGUCCACAACCACCUGGUGAGGCAGCAGGGAUGCGGGCUCCAUGUCGCCGAGGAUCUGGUGGCUGCAGCCCGGGAGCGAGGCUCCCAUGACAACAUCACAGUCAUGGUGGUCUUCCUCAGGGACCCCCAAGAGCUGCUGAAGAGCAAGAUCCAGGGUGCAGGGGACUCCGUGGCAGAUGUGAGAAGCCAGAACUUGCUCUCUGGCUUCUCAGAGCCUGAGACCAACACUCCACAGAGAAGUUAGGUGGUCUAGGGCCCCCAUCAUCCCAUCCUGACCCCUCCCCCUCCAUCCUUGUGCUUCUCCCCCUUAGAGGCCUUAGGACCCAACAGGCGGUAGUGGGCAGAGGGUGCCCACCCAUACAGCGCUUCCCCCAGUACCCCGAGCCGCUCAUGGUGCGUGUUGCAGCCUGUCCUGGUGGCACCCAUAGAACUGCAUCAGGCAGCUGGUAUGUCUCAGAAGGAAACAUAGGGGAAAGACCUCACCAAAGAGAAGAUGGCCCUGGAAGUGAGCCAGCUCUUUAUCCCACCUCCCAUCAGAGCAGGGGUAAGACCAGAGGCCAUAAGCACCUGGUGGCAGCCCAAUCAAAGACACAGGGUGUGUAUGUGGAACAGCAGGCUGCACCUGUGCAUGUGGGACCCUCAGACAGAUCCAGGAGCCUCAGACAUCUUCAAGCAUCCUGGGUCAGGCCCAGUAGGCAGGGUGUCCAGCCCAGGUUUCUCAUGGCUUCUCGCUAUGGCUAUGGCCUUGGCUGUGGCUGGGUAUGACAGGCCCACAGGUCAUGCCAGCUUCCAAAAGAAGAGAAAGUGGCCUUGCUGGAAAGAAAGGGGACACCAGGGCUCUGGUUCACAGCAGCCGUUAGGCAGCCUGUGAUGUGCUAAGGCCUUCCAGGUCCUCUCUCUUCCCUUGAGCACCCUGAGGAGGUGGAGUUCAAAACCUUCGACAUGACACACUUGUCUUUUGUGUAAGUUCAGAUUUUAUUCCAGGGAAAAGUCUGAUCCAGAAGCAGUAUUUCAGGUUUAUCUUUGUUUUUUCAGUGCCAAGAUGACCCACAGUGUCAUAUAAUUUAAGCAGAGAUUGGUGUUUAUUUUACUUCUUAGAAAACUUAAGUAUUUACUCUUUUUUUUUUAACCAUUUUCUUGUGGAAACUUUUUUGUUGCAGUAUUACUGAAUUUUUUUCUAAAUCAGGAGUGAAAUAGAAACUUUUCCAGGUGGUGUUAAUAAGCCAUUCAAGUGCCUUAAACAGCUUUGGGGGUAGAUGAGAACUGCUCAUCCCGCCAUGGAUCUUGAUAGGUGUUUUGAAGUUCUCACAAAAGCAGCAUUUGUUUUGUUAGGGAGUCAUGAUUUUCAGCUAGACAUCCUUCUGGAAGAGUUCUUUUGCCUCUUUGUAAUGCCAAGCACCCUUAGGAGCCUCCCUGAGGUGACUGGCAGGAGCCACGGCUACUGUGGGACCACUCCCAGACCACAGGGCUCUGGGGAUCCCGGGUGACAUCUGUCUCUUACCCCCUGGCCCCAACCACAGGCAGAGGAACCUUACUGCUAUUUGGAAUGUUCCAGAAUAUCUUUGUGUAUUUGUAAUCACAUAGGUUUCUUUGGUAUAAACAAUUAAGAGGGUCUAGCAAGCCUGGAGACAGCCCAGGGUCUCCAGCUUUGGCUGAAGGCAGUGGGAAUGCUGCUGGCACUCUGACAGCACCAGCCACAGCUCCUCAUCUGGCUUCUGUGACUGGUACCCUCCCCUGCUGGGCUCUGCCCUAUAGCCUGAACAGCCAUGAGAGAUUCCCACAUUCCUUAGAACAUCUGGAAAGUGAGGCUCAUAAGCGAUGAUUCUUAGGUGCCUAAAAGAGCUCACAUAGUAUGUGUAGGGGCAAAAGUGGCAGGACUGGUAAGGAAGCCAGGGUACAGGGACGCUAGGGGGACAGAGAGGGUUGAACAACUUAGGCCCUUCAGAAGUAGCCUCAGUGGGAAGGAAUAAGUGAUGAGCAGGGCUGCUCCAGCAGAGGCUAGCAGGUCCAAGGAGCAAUGGAUGGUUCAGCCAAUGCUUAUAGAAGUGGCAAUAGGAGGUUUAGCUGUGAGGUCCCUUCAGUGAUACUCAGUGUCCACCUGAAGACAUCAGGGACCCAGAAAUGUCUGCACAGCUGUGCUCAGAUUGCCUUGGCCCUUCUCUCAGUUCACAGAAUGGGUUCAAGAGUCACCCAACCCAAGACAGGUCUACUGUCCACAGGAAGGAAGAGAGCCAACCUUGGUAGAGCAUGCGGCUGCAAGCUCAGUGUUCACCCCUAGUCCCAGAGCAGGGAUAAAGGUCUUAAAUCAUGCGGUCAGUGCCUUGCUCAAGGUCCCCUGAUAGAAAGCAUCUUAAACAUUGUUAUUCAGAGAAUGGUUGGUCACCAACAAUGAUCAGGUAUUGCUUAACAUGAAGGCCCUGUUGCCUUCUGAGGGCCAGAAACCAGAAUCCCUUGUGCCCUCUCAGCUCAAGGCUGAACAAGAUGCUGGGAUGUAGCAUCCCACAUCCAUGCUAGCAUCCUGCCCUGGCAGUGACCUUGACAGAAAGAGGGAGCUAUUGCUUCUGUUUUUCCCUAUUCUUUUGAUAAUCUUAUUCUGUUCAUUUUGCCAAGAGUGGAGUUUCUCCCUUGAGGGGUUUAGACCACAACCAUUUGGUGGUAUGAUUCAUACUGUGGUCUGAGUCUCUACCAGAUAUCCUCUUAGCUCAACAGAGAGGAAACCCCUUCCCCAGGAUUGUCUGAGCACCUCCCGCUACCCUGAGCCAGGCUGUCCUGCCAUGGGAAUGUCCAAGCCCCUACCUGGCAGAAGUCUGGAGUAAGCAUUGAGAGCUGCUCCAUCCUUACCUUGGGACCAAGGGAGGCUUUGUUCUCCUGUCAGGGACUGGCCUUACACCAACUCCUAGGCGAUGGAAGACCCUUCCAUCUUGACUGGGGCUGGACCAGGAGUCACCAGGUAUCUUUAGCUUCCUAGAUUCCUGGGCCACCUCCUUUUGGGCCUUAGUCCCAAGAGGGAUGCUGGUCUGAAAAAUCCAGAUCCUUCUCAAGUUUCAGCUUUACCACCAGCUCACUCUAUGAGCUGAACAAGUUGUUGCAUCUCUCUGGGCCUCAGUUUCCCUUUUGUAAGAUACAAGGGUUGCACAGUGUCUGGAAUGACUCCAACCUUUUGGAAUCCUGGAAGCUCAGGGGCUACUCAAGGUGAGCCUAGUUGGCCUGGGGAAGAUGCACUGAUACCAGUGCAGAGGACCCCUCCCCCACAGCCAGCAGGAACCAGUGAUUAAGUAUUAUUAGUGUCUAUUCUUAAAAUUAAGUGGGUUGGAAAAGAAUCAAGUUACAGAUGCCAGCGCCUUAUAUGGAAUACAAAAGCUGGAGAAACCAAACCCUGCUUUUACAGGUAAGGCUGACUCCCAGCUGAGGCCUGCAGGGGUUGUAGGUGUAGGAAUGGCAGGAGGCCACAGCUACACUCUCAAGGGUGUUCUGGUCAAAAUCCAAGAUAGGAAGUGGGAAUAUUUUAGGGAGCAUAGGGACACAGUGUGGGCAGGGCAGCCAAUGGAGUCUCAGGCCCCCUGAGAGAGUAACAGGCUUCCUGAGAUUUGAGGUCAGCCUUGGAUGAGCCCCUGCCAUUGACCAUGGUCUGGCUCCUCCUGCCCUCCCUGGGGUCAGCAUGCAGCCCCAGUCCUCACCCUCUCCCCUGCUGUGGCAAGUUUUGGCAUCCCUGCUACCUCAGCAGUAUUCCCAGGGCUGGAAGGACAGCUCUGGCCUUUCCUAGGCCUGGUCCUGACCCAAACUAUAUGGAAGCCAGGUAGGCCUGUGUAAAAUAAGCUGUUUCUGAUUUGAUUCUGCCUCCGUAGUCCAAAGGGGGCAGCCCCUGGAGUCCUGUGCUUUUGCCGACUCCACAGCUUUGCCAAAUGCGCCGAGCUUUGCCAUUCACGUGCCAUGUGGGCCUUGCCAAGGGUUUAUCUGUGCACGCCUCAGGGGGCUUCCUGGGAGUUGUGUUCUUGUGUGACAGGGAGUCUUGUUCCAAGACAUAAUGACUGUUUCCCCUGGUCUUAGGGACAAGUCCCAAGGUGAAAAGGCCAGAAGGGUGGUCUCUUCCCAGGGACCCACCAUGCUGAAGUGUCAAUAAACUAUGAAUUCUGAGA